AUGUAUUUUACGAAGAAAUUAAGAAAUAAGGAAGGCCAUAAUAUGCACACACUUUUGAAUAUGUAUUUAAAAAAUAAUAUAAUAAAAAAAAAACAUCACUACUUUAAGGGUAUUAAUAAGCAUGUAUAUAUAGUUAAAAUAAUUUUUAAGCUUACAAAUAAUAAUGAUGGUAACUUUUAUAAUGUUAUAAAGGUUGUUUUAAAUAAGAAUAUUGCUAAAUAUAUUUAUAAACUUUUAAAAUAUGUGUGUAAAGUUUUGUGCCUAAGUAAGUGUAAAAAAAAAUGUUGUUUUCAUUUAAAGUCACAAUGGGAGAAAUAUUAUAUCGAAAAAGAUAAUCUUGGAAAAUGUUUAUUAAUUAAAACAUAUUUAAUAAAUAUAUACUAUAUUAUUUUUAAAAAUUUAUGCAAUAUUCUUGCAAAGCAUAAAAAUAGCUUAAGACAACAUUGCUACCUACUUUUCAAAGGAAGUAACGAUAAUAAUUAUAAAACUAAAAGGUUUGAUGAUAAGAACGAGUAUAUCAUAGGCCCUCAAAAAGAUGGUGAAAAUGUACAAGGAAACUUUUUAAAUAUUUUAAAAAAAAAAAUUGAUUCAUAUGGGAAUAUAAGUAGUAGCAAAAAUUAUAGCACCGAUGUUUGGCUUCUAAAAAAUGAACAAACCAAACCAAUUAAUUAUAAUCAGCUCUUUCGGAUUAUUUUGGUUUUAUUUAAGUAUAACCCCUCCUACUAUUUAAAUAAAAUAUUAUCAGAAAAAAGGCAAAAAAACAUUUUAAAAAAAAUAAAUAAUAGUGAUUUUAUUUGCAAUAAUAAUAUUUUAAAAGACAAAUUGUCAAAGGGUAAUGGGUUUGAUCGAGAUAAAUGUGCUUGCUUUUAUAAAAAAAACAAAGAGAGAGAAAAUGGUAGCUACAUAACUAUAGAAAAAAAUAAGAACAGUAAAAAGAACAUUCAAAAUAUAAAUUUAUAUCAUGAUUGCCUUAAAAAUGGAAAAAGAUAUUUUGAUAAUAAAAAAAUUAAUAAGGCGAGGAAGGAUAUAAAAACUGUACAAUGUAAAGACAAAAUUAUAUUAUCCUUACACAAAUAUUUGAACAACUUCCUAAGAAUAAUACAUUAUAUUUUUUCAUUUAAAAAACGGAAUAAAACUGUAAAAAAAGAAUUUAUCAAUUUUAUUUUCAAAAAAAAAACACAAAAUAUUCACUUUAUAUUUAACAUGAAUAACUCUCUUUUUAACAUACUAAAACAAAACAAUUUUUCUUUUAAAAAUGGUAUUCGCUAUGAAAGUCAAUCUAUAAAAGUUUGUACUAUUAAGUUAAAAAUAAAAAAUGAUGUUCCAUUAUUUUAUAUAUUUCAAAAAAAACAAUAUAAUAAUUUAAGAGCUUUGUUAAAAUUUGAAAAAAAAUCAUUUCAUUCACAAAAUGUAUGCUGUCUAUUUUUUUUUUUAUUCCAAUUUGUUAAGAAAAAAAAAAAAAUAAUUUUUAAAAUAUGUUCAAAAAUUAAAGAUAUUAUUUCAAAUAUUAAGAAUGAAAAUUAUAUCACUAUUUUAAAAAGUUUAUUAAUAUUAAAAAAUUUUCUAUAUAAUCAUAAAGACCUACUUGAACAUGUUUUAAGGAUCUUGGAAAAUUAUCAUGACCGAAAUAUUAUUUAUAAUUCAUUUUGUUACAAAACAAAUUUGAAUGAGCCCAAUACAACAGAUCAUCAAACAGGCAAGAAAAAUAAAAAAAGCAAUAAGGAAAUAAAUUAUGAGCGUGUCUCAAAUAUUCCUGCAAAUAUACUACAAUGUAAACAGUGUGCAUGUUUUAAUAAAGAAAAGCAAUCAGAGCAAUUCUAUGAAAUGGAUAACAAUUCUUAUAUUAAGGCCGGUUUAUUAUUCACACAGUUAUUUAUUUAUAUUUUUUCUUUAUACAUAAAUUUGUUGUUAAAAAGCUUGCUAAAAUAUAGAUCAAAUAUAAAAAAAAAAUACAUACUUAUGAAAAUUAUAAUUAUAAAUAAGUACGGAAUAUUACAGACAAAAUAUGAUAUUAACGGGGUUGCAACAAAUGUGAAAAAAUUAAUCAAAAAAAAAAAAAAUAAUAAUUACUUUUACAGAUCAACCAUUUUGUCUUUAAUUUAUUAUAUUGUAAAAAGAUGGAAAGUUGUGACUAAUCUAUCAAAUAUGUACAAUUACAAUAUAGAGUAUGACAAUAAUACGAAAAUAAUUCUAACCAAUUUUGUAUUAAUAUUAUUAAGAGAUAUGAAUAGUUUGUUUGUAAAAAAUAAUAAAAACUACUCACCAAAAAAAUGGAUAGAUUACAAAAUGAGAAGAAAAAAUAUGCACUAUAUAUUUGUAAAUCACCUAAUGUAUAUGUUUUUAAAAAAAAAUUUUCUUCAUUUUUUUGAAUCAUUUAUUUUGAAUACUUCAAAAGAUUGUGAUAACUUGUCUAAUAAGAUAAAAUUAGAGAACUUAUCACAUGAAGUUAUACAUAAAAUAAUUUGUCAAAAUAGGGAAAAAGAUACGACAUUAAUUUACAAAUAUUUUGAACUUGAUGAAAUAUUUUUAAAGUUUUAUUCAAAUUUUAUAAGCCAUACAAUAAAAAGUAAAAAAAUAAAAGAAAGAAAUUGUAUAAAGAAGAAAAUCGAGUUUCUUUCCUUCGAUCACACAAUAUAUACCUUAUUUUACAGAAUGGAAUAUUUUAGAAAGUUUAUAAUAAAUUCAAAAAAUAAUAUAUACAUAAAAAUGAUAAAUAAAUAUUAUUUACUUUUAAUUAUAUUAAUAUGCUACAAAAGAGAAAAAGAAAUAAAUAUUUCAAAAUUUAUGACAAUUUUUUUAAAAAUACUUGUCUUAUUGUCGGACCAAAAAAAUAUUGUUUUGCAGCUCUAUUUUUAUAAAAUUAAAAUUUUAGAGUUUUUACUACACUAUAUUAAUGGUGGCAAUUUUGAAAAAGAAAAAAAAGGAAUACCCAAAAGUAAUAAAAAAAUACAGACUCCAAAUAAAACCGCUUGUGAUAUGGUUUGUCACAAAUAUGCCGAUAAAGAUUGCACUAAAAAAUGUACUUCAUCAUAUUCGAGUUACAAUCAAAAUUCUCAAUGUAAUAACCAUACUAAGAAACAUAAAUUGGGAAAAAAUAUUAUACCCCCAUUAUGUUUAGACAAAAUUAAAAAAUUGUCUAAUUCUUUUGCCAAUUGUAUAUCCGACGAAUAUGAAGAAAAAUCAAGUAUUUGUUCAUACGAAAUAUCAUCAAAAGCAAUCGAAAAUGAAUUGAAUAAAUAUAUAGAUAAGAUUGAAUGUUUGGAAAAUGUUUCUACAAAUAAGUUACUAUUAAUGAGUGAAGAAUGUAGGGGAUAUAAAAAUUUGAAACAUAAUUUUCACAAAAUGGAAGGAGAAUACUUAAAAUGUGGGACCUCCAAUUUGAUUGAUCAAAUUAAAUAUAAAAACCGAUAUAACGAUAAACUUAAUGAUGAAAUUAUUUCCGUUAAGGUAUGGAUUAUAUUAUUAAUUUUUUCCUUAAUAACUUCCUACAAUAAAAAAUGUCUUAACGAUUUAUAUUUUAAUGAAAAUUAUUAUGAUGAAUAUCAAAAUAUAAAUAAAAAGAUUGAAAAAAAAGUGUUUAAAAAGAGUAAUAAAAUAAAAAAAAUACUAAAAAUGUGGUUAAAAAUAUUUGAUAAAUAUUUCCCUUUUUCUAAGCUAAUUAAUUCAGAACAUUUAUCGAUCAUACAAAUUAUCCAAUUUUUCAUAAAUAAUAAUAUUAAAAAAAAAAAAAUUAUUACAAAUAUAAAAAAGGAAGGAAAGAAAUAUUUUAUCAAUGAUCAAGUAAAAUCAAUACUCUACAAUUUAUCUGUUGUAAAAAAUUUAAAAAAUAUAAUAUUCUUAAAAAAAAUAAAUGAGCAUGGUAAUGGGAAAAUAUUUUUAUGUUCACAUAAUAUAUUUAAUAAUAAUUUUUUUAUAAUAAAAUUAAUAGAUAUACCUAACAAUAUAAAUGAAAAUUAUAUUUUUAAAAACAUUUUUAAUGAAAUUAAAUGUCUUCUUACUUUUCAAAACUCAAAAAAGGGAAUAUGUCAAAUGCAUAGUUAUGGUAUUAUUCCAAAUUGUAAUAAUAAUGGUUUUACUUAUUAUUUACUUAUGAAAUAUUAUGAAGGAAAUUUAAAGGAUCUAAUGAGUUAUGCACACAUAAGCUAUUUAAAAGAGAUAAAAAAAAUACGAGAAAAUAUAAACCAAGCUUUUUUACCGAUUGUGUGUAAGAAAAAAAGAAAGAAAAUAAUUUUAAAUUUUAAAAUAGCCAAAAUUACUAAAAAAAUUACAAAAAGGUGUAAAAGAAAUUUCAUAUUUUGCUACAAGUACCGAUGUAGAUAUACUAAUGUGUAUUCUUGCUACAGUAUGAUAUUAAAAAAUCGGAUUUUUAUAAAAAUAAUCCAGUUGAAAUUUAUUUUAUUUAUUUUAAAUAUUUUUAUUCAAAUAAUAGAACAAAUCAUUUAUGUACAUAAAAAAAAGAUCAUUCAUUUUGACAUUAAUACAUGUAAUAUUUUAAUCGAUUUUAAAAAAACAUACCCACUAUUAAUGCGUAAAAAAUAUAAAAUAAAAAAGAAUAACUACAAUAAUCAUAGUAAUACUAAGCAGACUCUUAAAAAUUUUCAAUCUCAAAUUGUUAUGAGAAAUGGUUUUGUAGAAAAUGAAAGGGAGACAAAUUUAGAUUUUAUUCUUCCUUCCUAUCAAAUUAAUAGCUCAAGAUAUAAAAAACAAAAUAAGCUUUAUAACAGUUUUGAUAUAUCGAUGGCUAGUUUUAAUUAUAGACAAUAUUUUAAGAACAUAAUGAAAAAAAAAGAUUGUCAACACAUAGUUGUUCCAUCAAUAGUUAUCAGCGAUUUUGGGGAAAGUAAGUUUUUUUUAAGGGAUACAGACUUUAUUUUUUUCAGAACAAAUCGAGGAAAUGAAAUGUUAAUAGCUCCAGAACUUUUGACCAACAAAAAUAAAUUUACAUAUUCAAAGAAUAAGUACAAAGAUAUGGGAAAACGUUCAAGAAAGCAUUCAUUCGUACCAUUAAAAUUUUAUAAAUGUCUAAAAAAAAUCAAAAUGCUAAUAAAAAAAAAAUUAGAAAAUCAGAAAAAAUUUCAAAAAAAAAAAAUAAACAUGUCUAAAAGUGACAUAUGGUUAUUAGGAUUAUUAUUAUACGAAAUGAUUACUAAUGAAAGUUUAUUUAAUUAUUAUAAUUUUAUUUAUAUAAAGAUUUAUGAAAAAAAAGAAUUAUUAAAUGAACUCAUUAAUAAGAAAAUUAAAACGAGAUUUAAGGAAUUGAAAUAUUUUUUUAAUUUUUUUUUCCAAUUUGAUUUAAAAAAGAGAAAAGAUCUUUAUGAAAUAUAUAACGAAAGUAUUAAAAUAUACAAUUUUUAUUCCAACAAAUUAGAGAGUAAAGAAGAAAUAUUAAAAAAAACAAAUUUAAAACAUGAACUAGAUUGA